CAAUGCGGGGGGCGGACCAAGUAAGAACGUGGCAAGUAACCGCAUAUGAGCGACAAACAGUGGUCUAUCAUUCGUAGCGUAGAGGAUACACACACACGCAGAACUUUGGUUUAAAAAAAAACGGGAAGAGUUAUUUGAGUGAAUAAAGUCAUUUGUAGUACAAAAUCGAAGUCAGACAAUAAACAGCCAUCAUGACUGACAGGAAGGCAGUGAUAAAGAACGCAGACAUGUCAGAGGACAUGCAACAGGACGCGGUGGACUGUGCUACCCAGGCCAUGGAGAAGUACAACAUCGAGAAAGACAUCGCUGCCUACAUCAAAAAGGAGUUUGAUAAGAAGUACAACCCAACAUGGCAUUGCAUUGUGGGAAGGAACUUCGGCAGCUAUGUGACGCACGAGACCAAGCACUUCAUCUACUUCUACCUGGGCCAAGUAGCCAUACUGCUCUUCAAGUCUGGCUGAGCCCCCCCCACCCCCCCACCCCCACCCCAGAUAGCCUAACCUACCCCCCCCCCCCUUCCCCCUUACCUUAUUUACCCCUUAUUGUGACUCCCCUGAACCACAUUACCACCGACAGUGAAAGGGGCUUCGCUCUUCAACUGGACUGUGAUACACAGAUGGCUGAGGUCAUUCUUACUUACUCGCUCACACACGUGUAUACACAUACACACACAAUACACAAACAAACGCCUUGCCCCCAACAAUUGCAUCCACACACUAGCUCAAACACAGACUAACUCAUACUCUACAAAUGUUCUAGAUUAUUCUUAAGACCUGGCUGUGCACUGAUGCAUGGACCGUGUACAUUACUUCAUGUGUAUAUGUUGCAGUAUGAUAAACAUGCUUGUCAUGGAGUUGCCUAAGAUGACUCAGCAACAGGAUAUUUUUGUUUAUUAUGCUUUUUUUAUUUUCUGUUUGAUUUAAUGUUAUUAAAGAUGUUGUACAAAAUGCUUUGACUGUUGCUUAAACAUUAUUAAUAAAGAGUAGAAUACUUUAUUUCAAAGUAA